AUGACCGGCAAUAUCUUUGAUAACCUCCCAAUAGAGCUAUUGGUUCAAAUAGUCUCCAAUCUAGAUCGAGAAGAUCUUCGAAAUGUUCGAUACGCGGAUCGCAGAAUCACCAAUGCAGCUAAAAAGACAUUCUUCAACACAGUGUUCAUUUGUUCUAGUGGCAUGAGUCUUACUAAGCUCUCACUUAUCUCGAAGGAUGAGAAUAUUCGAGGUUUGGUUCGAUCAGUCUUCUAUCAUAGGAGAUUUCCGUCUCAAAUUCCUGUUCCUGGAGCUCUUGUAAGAAACGCAGGAAGCAAGAGCGCAUUACUGAUGGAAUUGAACGUUUGGCUGGAAAUGCUUCCCGAAUCAUUCGCAGACCCAAAUUUCGAAGGUUACUCAACGCAGAUGCUGGAGCAAUUAUACGAGAGGAUGUACGACCACAUGUCUCGCCAAGAUCCGGUUCUUGGUAGUGACCAUGAGAAAAAUUGGUUGCGACGCGGGCUUGAAUCUUUACACAAUCUAUCUAGUCUUCAAAUUGGGGAUGUUUAUCGUCGAGACUAUCCAGUCGACAUCUCCCGGUAUCGCGAACGAAAACUCAUAUCCAUUCUAUACGGUAGAGCGGGGCUACCAGGGAUGGUACAGCCCGAUAUUCAUCUGCAUGGGCUCCUCACCAUGGUAUCAAGAUUACCAUUAAACCUCACGAGAAUCUCAUUGCCCAUUUACUUUCAAGCUUGGUACAUUAAAUGGGAUACCACGCCUCUAUCUAUGUUCCGCAACGUGGAAGAGUUCGAUGCAAAAAUUAUCAGAGAGCGUGACGCGAGUCAAGACCCAACACUCGAAAUUGUCCGACAGGUUUGGGACAGUAUGCCGAAAUUGAAGAAAUUAAGCAUAUCUUUUCUUGGCCAUGUCGGAUGGCACGGUAUGGGCAGGCCUUCGACAUUUGGAUUGAUCAUGAAACAUCAUCACUGGAAACACCUACAAGCAGUGCAUUUCCACGAUUUGGUUGCAUUGCCUGUCGAGUUCAAAGACUUUCUGCGGGUACAUUCGAGUACUCUACGAGGGCUCCACUUGUCCGGAUAUACAUAUUUCUCCGAUGUAUUCCUAGGGAUUCACGAUCUAUCAGAAGAUUCAGAGAGCGAGAAAAGAUCAAAAUUUGCAUGGAUAGAUCUAAUUAUUUUUCUCGGUCUGGAAAUGAAUCUCAAUAACCUUUCGUUGGAGGGAGACUUCACCACAUGUGGAAAUGAGACAUGGACAACAGACUACAAGACUUGGGAUUGGGUUACACCGCCUAUUGUUCCAGACCCAUCUCGACCAAGUUUGAUCACUCGUAUACAUGAUUUCGUUGUGCAUCGAGGGGAGUGUCCUUUUCGCAGAAGAUUUCCCAUAUCUCAAGAGUUCAAGAAUUGGCACCCAUUUUCAGAAUGGGAAUACGAUGCAGAUAGAUCAUGGUGCUUCCAAAAAAAUGAUCCCCUUACUUUCCAAAAUUCAGACGAUCCUGACUAUCGCGAAUUAGUGGAGUUGAGUUGA